AGAUAUUAUAUAUUAUCAUGCCAACUGGCAUUGAAUAUAUAUAUCUUUCUUAAUGAAUUGCACGUGCAAAAAAUUUUGUCUUCAUUUCAUGAUAUAAUUGUAGUCGUAUAAAAAAAGUAAUCAUACAUUGAACAACGUACAAGGUUAUUUAUUAAACAACUACUUAACACAUGCGCAUAUUAUUAUAACGCAAUUAUAAUAAACUUGAAGAAAAUAUUUAUAUAUCUAGUAGAUAAGCUAUGAACUUGCCGAUAACACGAACGUUCAUUUCACGAAAGUAAAUAUUAUUCACGAGCAGGCUGAUUAGUCUCUCGUCGAAUUCUGCGUCGUACACUAGACCACUAAAUUUUAUGUAUGAAAACAUUAUACCACCUUUUGUUACUUUGCCUGUAAAUGCGCGUACUAUCAUUCUUGAGAUAUAUAUACAUAACGUUCCGUGACAGUUUUAAUUAAAUUCCACGUUUGUAUGACGUGCACGAAACUGUUCCGUAAUAUCAAAAUUUGAUGAUAAUUUGCAGUUUUCUUAAGACGCGCCGAGUAUUUUCACAAUGAGUUUCUUCGCUUCGUCAAUGAAAUUUAUCGUUCGUGUUGUGACAGGGAAACGAUGCUUUUCGCGAGUCGGUUUCAUCGGUUUGGGCAACAUGGGUGGUCAAAUGGCGAGGAACAUUUUGAAACAGGGUCACAAACUAAUAGUCUUUGAUGUCAACGAAUUAGCUGUGUCGAAUUUAACAGAGGUAGGUGCUGACAGAGCCUCGAGCCCUGCUGACGUGGUGAAAGAUGUCGAAGUAGUUGUGUCGAUGCUGCCGUCGAAUCAACACGUUCUGAACGUUUACAAUAUUAAAAAUGGCCUGUUAAGUUCAGCAAAAAGAGACACUCUGCUGAUCGAUAGCAGCACGACAGAUCCGUUCGUCUCUCAAACUUUGGCGAAAGAGGCUGCAAAGUCUGGCGUUAAUUUUGUAGACGGUCCAGUGUCCGGAGGUGUGAACGCUGCUAAGGAUGGAACGCUGACGUUCAUGGUCGGAGGUUCGAAAGGAAAUUUCGAACUUGCCAAGCCCCUCUUAAAAUCCAUGGGAUCAAGGAUAGUUCACUGCGGAGACGUGGGCAUGGGUCAAGCGGCAAAAUUGUGCAAUAACAUGCUUUUGGCUGUUAGCAUGAUCGGCACAGCCGAGGCAUUCAAUCUCGGGCAAAAAUUGGGGCUGGAUCCCAAGGUGUUAGCUGACAUUGUAAACUCGAGUUCUGGCAGAUGUUGGUCUUCCGAGUUGUACAAUCCCGUUCCAGGUAUCCUUGACAAUGUUCCGAGCUCGCAGAAUUACGAGGGCGGUUUUGGAGUGAGCUUAAUGGCCAAAGAUUUGGGACUGGCGCAGUCUGCUGCAGUUAAUGCAGAAGCAACUAUACCUUUAGGUUCCUUGGCUCAUCAAAUUUAUAGAGCAAUUAUUGCUCAAGGGUCUGCAAAGAAAGAUUUCAGUUUCGUUUACCAGUUUCUUAAAGGAACACGGUAAUUUUUAUUGUAGAAAUGUCUGAUAAUAAUGUAACUAAUACACUGCCAUCUUUUUUAAUUUUUCACAUAUAGAUUAUUACAUAUUGAAUCUUUUUUAUUUCAAAUUUUGAAACAUGCGGUAACAUAGAGUGCGCUACGAGACGGAAUAAUCGCAGUGUCGGUAACAAGUCAAAAAUAUUAAAAAAUUAAAAUAUUAGAAAUUAAUGUUGUUUAUGUUACAGGAUAGAAUAAUAAAUAGAAUAUAACAUGAAAAACAAAGGGAAUUGUUUUAAAUUAAAGUGUCUUUUUUACCGGAAUAUUAGUUCCCUUCUGUACCGAUCUCGUCACGCUGAUAUUUUAUAUGGUAUCUUUUAAAGUUGUCUAUAUUUAUAGUACAAACAGAGAUUAUCGUGUGAAAAUUAGCACGUGUAUACCU